GUUUACAUGUUUUCUUUUCAUUGAGUUUAUAUUUACAAGCAAUAAUAAACCCAUGGACCUGCGUAAAUUGUGUCGCAUUUGCUUCGUGGACAGCGCUUCGGUGGAUAUACGGGAGCACAGGAGCAGCGGCAGCUCGGAUCAAACAGUCCUGCAGCUGAUAGAGGCCAUGUUCGGCAGGAACAUAGCGCUUAAUCUUACUGAGGAGCUACCCAUGAUCUGUGAUGGUUGCCUGGGGGACUGCCUGCAGCAGUACGCCUUCUUCAGGAAGCUGAAGUUCGCCAAUCAGCAGCUGCUGCAGCUCUACAACGAGGCGGAGGUAGAAAUGUGCCAGGUUGAGAUGCACCCAAAAGAGGAACAGCCCGAAAACCAAGCUGAUGAGCAAUACGAGAUGCUGGAGGAAUUCGUACCACUGGAUUAUGUAGUUCUAGAACCCGACCAUCCUAUAGAAACAAGAGACACGAGGAGAAGGUCGGACAGCGGUCCAAAACCCUCUCAAAGGCUGGCCAACCAAGAUUCACUGAUUGUCUCCGAGUUUCUGCCUGCCACCACAGCCCAACCACGUCUAGAUCUUUCCGACUCUCAGCUGAGACAACUUCAAUCCCCAGCAUACGAGAUACGCACCGUGGACUAUGCGGCCGUCGAACUAAAACACUACAACCUGGACGAGUACAACGAGGCCAAUCGCCUGCUGGAUAUCGAACCCAGUGGCAGCCAGGCCAUCUACAAGUGCCAGUACUGUCCACUGGCUUACGCCUCGCCCCAGUAUCUGAAAACUCAUGUGCGCAACUCACACGUCUGCAAGUACUGCACCACCGCCUUUGCCAAGGUUCGCGAUCUCAAUGAGCACAUCCGGCACAAGCAUUCGCAUCACCAGUGCGUCGUCUGCUCAAACAACUUUAGUACCAGCAGUAAUCUGAGGGCUCAUUUGAAGAAAAUUCAUGGAGUUCAGCUGCCCGCACAGGUGGCACUCUUGGAUUACAGGCCAGCCAGCCAGGAUCGGGAUAAUCCUCGCACCUAA